CUAAACUCAUCUGUUCAUCUCCGGUCAGCCUUAAUUUUAAACUAACGUUAUCGCAACUUUCAUCUUCGAUUGUCCUUGGUUUUAAUGUUACUGCCUGCUCUGCAUCCAGUUAAGGAAAAGGACGCUUUUUAAACUAUUUCAUGAAUAUUGCAUUCAGUUAACAUCAAGUUUUAUUACCGAUAGUAUUGAAUUAAUUUACAUCUUUUUUGUUUCGUUUUUUGCAAAUGAAUUACAACUAUACACGCUUCCAUAGACCAGCAAUGAACAACAGUCUUCUGAUCAACUCUACCAGCAUGUUUGAUAGUCAAAUUGAUCUCAAAAAAGGAAAGGUUUGGCAGAAAAGGCGUAAAUUUUGGUCGAGAAAACGGUUUUGGUUAAUCGCAGGCCUAAGUUUUACACUAACCAUGAUUUUGCUUGCGCUCAUCUUUACUUUAACUUUACCAUUGGAUGCUUUGGCUGAUAGAAAGUGCGACAGUUUCAAUAAAGAAAGUCCAAUUUGUUUAUCCAGUGAUAAAAAUGACAUUAAACGUGUUUAUUCAACAAGGACUACUUUUGAUCAAUCAGUCAAACUGUUUGCUAAAUUGGCUGACCCAAUUGAUAUCCCAUCAACUUGUAAACCUAUUAUGUUUUAUUUAUUUUCAAGACAUUCAAUAAGAUAUCCCAAGAAAGAUGAUAUUAUUGAAAUGAGUCAAAUUUUGCCUAAACUACAAAGUGAGAUUAUUAAUGGAUACAACUCUGAACAAAGUGAAUUAUGUGAACAGGAUUAUCAAACAGUUAAAGAUUGGAAGCUUCAAAUGGUUCCUGAAAACGACAAUCAUGUGACACCUAGUGGAGUUGAGGCUACCAAAAAGAUAGCUGGAUUAUUUUAUGAACGUUAUCCAACUUUAUUUGAUCCGAGUGAAGUCAACUUUAGAGUUGGUAUCACCGCUAAGGUGAGGACCAAUGAAACAGCUCAUGCAUUUGUUGAUGGCCUACACGAUUUAAGAUCUGAUAUCAAUAUUAAUGAAGAGGAUUAUGUGAUUCGCAAUCACCUCCAGUUCCAUUCGAUUUGUAAAAAGAAGAUAAAUGGUAAAAUUCCCGAAUCAAAGCAAGUGAAAGAAAUCACCGAAAGUAAAUUAUUCCAAACACUUCGUCAAAGAAUCAGUAAAAGAAUGGGAUUGAACAGGACAAUCGAUGAUGCAGAGCUGAGUGUAAUGUAUAAAACCUGUUGCUUCGAACAAGCAAUCUAUGAGAAAGCUCCUUGGUGCUCUUUGUUCACCAAGAAAGAGUUGAGAGCUUUAGAAACCAGAGAAGAUUUGAAGCAUUACUACAAAAACGGACCUGGAUUAUAUUUAAAUCAUCAGAUGCCUUGUCCUUUAAUUGGUGAUCUCUAUAGAGCUGUAAUAAAAGGAAUUGCUCAGCCUGAAAACAAAACGACUUAUCUUUACUUCUCACAUGCAGGUGCCAUUUCAAGAUUAUGGGCUGCUCUUGGUCUUUUUAACAAGUUAGAGUUAGAUGAUAACUUUUGUCCAAAUGGAGAUCGACAAUGGCGAACCUCUUUGAUUCUUCCUUUCAAUGUAAAUUUUGAUGGUGUACUUUAUAGAUGCACUGAAAACAUCGAAUCUACUAAUCCGUCUGAUUACAAGUUAUUGACUAUGAUCAAUGGAUUCCCUGUAAAAAUUGACCGUUGUGAUGAUCCAAUGUGCAAUGCAUCCCAAUUCCUGAAGAGUUAUGAAAUAAUGACUGAAACUUGUGAUCUCGAUCAAAUUUGUCAUCUUCCUGAAAACUUGAAGUCAAGCUUGAAAACUAACACUUUGUCUGAAGAUGAUUAAAAUUAAAUUGUAUUAAAUUUUAAAUUCAUAUAAUAAACGAUUCAUAUAAGAAGUUAUA